GGUCUUCUUUUCGUGUCCUAUAAGUUCAUUGUCUUAUGAUAAAUUUAAAUUUAGCCUAAGUAUUAAAUGAUAAAAAAUAGUAUAAAUAAUCAACAUGAGUUAUGAUGCAGUGAAAAUACUGCUUAUUGAAAUGAUCCGACAGAAAACCCCCAAAAAAGUUAUAAGAGUAACUUAUAAAUAAACAAAAUUUGUUUUGACAUUAUUCCAAUUCCAAGAAAGUAUCUCUAAUUUGAAAAAGAGGCAUAACUGCAAAAGUCGUACGUGAAAGGAAAUUUUCGAGAAAAUGUUGCUCCUACUAUACUAUAAGAAGAAGACAUACAAGGACCCUUUCUUUGCUCACACAAAAAGUACUUAAAAAACUCAAAACACUCCGUCACAAUUUGACACUGAUCAUGGGAAACACACAGCAAAAAUUUGGCCAAAAUCACUCAGAACAAGAAUUGCCAGUGACAGAAUUACCAGAUGAAUCAUUCACUUGCGAAAUUUGCAUCGAGCCUAUGUUGUUACCGAAUAAAAAAUUCAAGAAUCAGAAUUUCUGUGUUCAUCCGUUCUGUAUCGACUGUGUGGUAAAAUACAUCACCGUCAAGCUUGAGGACAACGUCGGCAACAUUCCUUGUCCGUCUCUGAGCUGUGAUCAAUUUUUGGACCCAAUUUCUUGCCGGAAUCUUGUGGGACCUCAGCUGUUUGUUAAAUGGUCCGACGUGUUGUGUGAAUCUUCUGUUUUAGGGUUAGCGCAGUGUUACUGUCCGAAUCGGAAUUGUUCGGCUUUGAUUUUGGAUGAGUGUGGUGGGAAUGUGAAGCGAUCGCAGUGCCCAAAUUGCAAGAGGAACUUUUGCUUUCAGUGUAAGCUUCCAUGGCAUGCUGGAUUUCGGUGUGAAGAGAGUCGGGAAUGGAGGGACUCAAACGACGUCGUUUUUGGUGCGGUUGCUGAACGUAACAAGUGGAAAAGGUGUCCACAGUGUCGACACUUUGUUGAACUUAUUGAAGGUUGCAAAAUUGUUAAAUGCAGGUGUAGUGCCAAUUUCUGCUACAACUGCGGAAAAAGAGUUUAUCGACACUGGUGUGGUUGCGAUUCUGCUUCCAGGUUCUGCAUAAGGGUCGUCCAUUGGUUUUCCACUAUUUCUGUUCUCCUAGCUAUCCUUUUAAUCUUCUGGAAUUUAAGUACUAAAAAGUCGAAAAACUAGACUCAUGUAUAGACAUUUACUUCUAUUUCUUUGAGGUUCAGUGAGAAACGUUAGAAUUUUUUUGCUUCGGCGUGUGCACUUGAGGCAGAAAAAAUAGCAUAAACAAGCCUUGGAAACAGCCUCUGGCAGAAAUGCAAGGUAAGGCUGCGUACAAUAAACCCUUGUGGUCGGGCCCUUCCCCGGACCUUGCACAUAGUAGGAGCUUAAGUGUAAUGGGCUGCCCUUAAACAAGAAAACAGAAACCUCAAGAAAGUUUGUACAGAUUGAAUUUAAGUAUAAAGUUCUCAUAGAUUUUUGACUUGCUGAUUCAAAUUGUCCAAAACGCAUUUUUAUGUGAAUUUCUGUUGCUUCAA